UGCGUACUGAAGGACAGUGGCAAGGAAGGCGAAUAUAUAAAAAACAACUAGAUAUUGGUACCUGCAUAAAAAAUUUUAUCGAAGAGAAGCACUUCGAAGAAACGAAAUUAUCAAGUAGAGGAUACAGAAAAUUUUAACAAAGUAUGAAGUUCCUUUCUGCAUUCUUAAAACUUACUUUAUUUUUUAAUAUGGAAAUGAAAAUUUGCACAAUAUGUUGUUACAAUUUCAUUUCCGGUCAGGCGUUGUUCAGACAAAUCUCAGAACGGUGUAUCUUCGAUAAUAUGUUGUUUAAAAUUCAUAAAAGCCAAAAUGUAAUUUGGUUAUUUUAGAUCAUCCCAACGGACCCCAGGUGAUGUACUGCAUGGCAUCCAUGGGGUAACUCUCAUUGAUGAGAUCUACCCUGGACACUCCCAAUGCCAUAUACACCUGUAACCACAUCAAGGAUGGUUGGCCAUGGGCAAAUAAAUUGUACAGAAAUCUUUCAAUGCUGUUUACUGAAGGGCUAUUGGGAGGCCCAAUAGUUUAGUGGUUAACGUAGUAGGCAUAAAAAUGACUAAAAUAGUCUAAAAUUCAAUAUAACUUCAUUGUGUUACCGUGGAAAUAAUCUACCGACUGUUUUUGUAUAGCCAUAGGUGUUAAUUUAAACUAUGUGAUGCUCAUGCAUCUCUGAUUUGCAGUGGCGUAGUGACAUACAAGUCUUUAUAAUAGGGAUUAUAAAGACUUUAUAAAUAUGUCACUACACCACUGCGAAUCAGCGAGAUAUAUUGAGCAAUGCAUGGUUAUGCACCUAUGGAAAAAAACAGUUGGUAGAAUAUUUUCAUGGUAACACAAUGAAAUUUUAUUAAAUUUUAAACUAUUUUAGUCAUUUUUGUAUGCCUACUACCACUAACUAUUGGGCCUAGCUCCUAUGAUACUAUAUUCAAAUUAUUAAGUCAUAUUAUUAUUAUUAAAUUACAUGUGUUAUAAUUAAUUCAUAAAUUACAGAAUGAAUGUGGAUCAUGAAAUAAAGUUGCUUGUUCAAGAAAUUAAGAGACUUGGAUCACCUAAUGCUGAUGGAAAUAUCUCAGUGAAAUUUGGAAUUUUAUUUGCAGAUGAUCGAUGUGCCAAUCUAUUUGAAGGUAUAUAUAAAAAUUUAUCACAUAUGUGCCUUUAUCAGGGCAAUAACAGGGUGACAAAAAUGAUAUGUCACUGAUAUCGUUUUUUGGGACUGAUAUCUAUAUGUAUAAGGUUAUCAUAUGAGGGCCGUCAAAGUGAUAUCAGAUUUAUCGCUUGAAGGACGGUAUCAUAAAUAUCACAAGUGAGUGCAGCAAACGAGGGACAUUUAUGAUAUAGUGGUCAAAGCGAUAAAACUGUUAUCACCUCACCCCGAUUAUGAUAACCUGUUUAUACAUACUUGUGCUUUUAUCAUAGUCAGAAUUUAUUUUAAAAAAUAAUCAUUGCCCCCACUUAACAGAUAAAGACACUGCAAGUAUGUGAUAAAUAUAUCUAUAACAAGGGAGAAGUCCGGACUGUAGGAAAUUAGUCUAGUUCUUUUUUCGUUUGUAGAUAUGGCUCAGUCCAUUUUAUACAAAGAAAAAAGCAUUUUGGGGGUACCUCUACUAAGCAGCCACAAAUCCAAGCACAGAGGGUGGCCGGUUAAUUAAUAGAGGGUUGACUGUAUUUAACCAUUAUUUUUUUGUUUUAGCCCUUUAUUUUUCAGUCCAUUUUAUACAAAGAAAAAAGCAUUUUGGGGGUACCGGUCUACUAAGCAGCCACAAAUCCAAGCACAGAGGGUGGCCAGUUAAUUAAUAGAGGGUUGACUGUAUUUAACCAUUAUUUUUUUGUUUUAGCCCUUGUUGGAACACUGAAGGCUGCAAAGAAAAGGAAAAUUGUGCAAUAUACAGGAGAAAUUCUACUGCAAGGAGUUCACAAUGAUGUAGAUGUUGUAUUACUGGUUGAUGAUGCCUGAACAAUAAGAACACUAUGCAUCUAAAUUAAUGUAUCAGAAAUAUUAAGAUCUAAUGAAGAAAUUUUAUUUUGUUACAACUAAUUAUAGAAUUUGAUAAUUAAAGAGUGGCCAAUUAUUGACUGGGUCAUGGUGAGCUUGUCCUUUACAUCUAGCUUUCACGCAUAAAAUGAAAGAGUUGUCGAAACGAUGAUUGAAGAAUCAUGAAAAAUGGGCUAUUACAUUUAACCCCCCCCCCCCGU